AUGGCCGCCAAGCGCAGGGUCGCCGACUCCAGCGACGAAGAGGGGGACUACUCGCCCGACGUCACCCCCGCGAAGAAGGCGAAGCGCGAAGAUACGGAGCAGCCUCAGUCGAGGAAAGGCAAGGCAAAGGCAAGACAAGAAGAGAGCGACGAGGAGGACGAGGAGGAGGUGAAGGAGGAGGAGGGCGAGGAUGCGGAUAAGAAGUUCGAGGAGGAGAAUGAGGAUGCGAUACGUGCUGCUGUGCAGCGCAAGAGCCGGCAUCAGGGGGGUGUUGCCGAGAUGGGCAUCAUCGAGUCGCUGGAGAUGCACCAGUUCAUGUGCCAUAAGUACCUGACCUUCUCGUUUGGUCCGCAAGUCAACUUCAUUAUCGGUCACAACGGAAGCGGCAAGAGCGCCGUCCUCUCAGCCAUAACAGUCGCCCUCGGCGGAAAAGCCACAUCCACGGGCCGCGGCUCAGGCCUCAAGUCUUUCAUCCGCGAAGGCCAGCCGGUCUCCGAGGUGUCGAUCUCGCUGAAGAACCAGGGCGAGGAGGCGUACAAGCCCGAGCUGUACGGGAAGAGCAUCGUGAUCACGCGCCGGUUCACGAAGGAGGGCAGCUCGUCGUACAAGAUCAAGAGCAAGGAUGGGCGCGUCGUGUCGACGAAGCGCGAGGAGCUGGCGGCGAUUUGCGAUCAUAUGAAUAUACAGGUGGAUAAUCCGAUGAAUGUAUUGACGCAAGAUUCUGCGAGGCAGUUUUUGAGUGCUUCGCAUCCGGCUGAUAAGUACCGAUUCUUCCUGAAGGGCACCCAGCUGCAGCAGCUCAGCGACGAGUACGACACGUGCCUCGAGAACAUCUCCUCGACGGCGAAGGUACUGCAGAGCAGGAAGGAGGGCAUGUCGGACUUACGGCAAGCAUUCAAGGAGGCGAGCGCGAAGUUCGAGGAGGCGUCGAAGGCACGGGAGCAGAAGCACAAGGCCGAUGAGCUGAAGAAGGAGCUCGCGUGGGCGCACGUCGCUGCGAAAGAGGAGGAAAUGAAGAAGAAAAUCGGGGAGCACGAGAAGCUCAAGCGGCGGCUGGAGAAGCUCCAGGCGGAGAUGGACUCUGCUGAGAUGGCGUUCCGCGCGGCGAGCGAGCAGGUCACGUUGUUGGAGUCGCAGAUUGCGGAGCUGGGCGAUAUGGACGAUUUGAAUUCCCGCAAGGCGGAGCUGGAGGAACAGCUGAAGGGCAACAGGAAGAAGAUCAGCGAGUUCAAGGUCAGUGAUUGA